GGGGUCGUGUUUGUCACCAAGGCUACAGCACUCAUAAUGAACAUAAUUCAGAUUGUUCGUGACCACCAGUUACAUUUACUUGUGCCUGUGCGUUUUGUCCUUGGAUGCUAUCUAGAAAAGAAUGAUGAAAAGCUAACUGCCUUCUGGAACAAGAGUGUAUUGUUUAAGAGGGAAUUGAGAUGCAGUGAAGGAGUCACCUGGAAGUAAAGGCUGUGACUGAAUUCCAGAAUGUUCAUAUUUUAAA